CACCACCACCAUCCUCUUCCUCUUCCUCCUCUGUGUGUGUGUGGAGAGAAGCAGCAGCAGCCUCCUCUUCUUCCUCCUCUUCCUCCUCCUCGACAGCCUCCUGUUUUUAAAAAUGUCGGAGGAAGAACCAAACAUGUCGACAAGGAGGAAAUCAUUGUUAAGUGAAAACACGCUUUUUGGGAUGGGAAACCCCUUGCUGGACAUUUCAGCUGUUGUGGACAAAGAUUUCCUUGACAAGUUUGGACUGAAGCCCAACGACCAGAUCCUCGCUGAAGACCGGCACAAAGCCUUGUUUGAAGAAAUUGUCAAGAGGAACAAAGUUGAAUAUCACGCUGGUGGCUCAACCCAGAACUCAGUGAAAAUUGCUCAGUGGAUGAUCCAGAAACCCCACAAGGUGGCCACCUUCUUCGGCUGCAUCGGCACCGACCACUUCGGGGCGAUCCUGAAGAAGAAGGCCGAAGAAGCCCACGUCGACGCCCAUUACUACGAGCAAAACGAGGAGCCGACCGGUACUUGUGCAGCCUGCAUCACCGGGGACAACAGGUCCCUUGUUGCUAACCUGGCAGCGGCAAACUGCUACAAAAAGGAAAAACACCUGGACUUGGACGGCAACUGGGAGCUGGUGAAGAAAGCCAAGGUCUAUUAUAUUGCGGGAUUUUUCCUGACUGUGUCCCCGGAGUCGAUCCUCAAAGUGGCGAAGCACGCUUCAGAAAACAACAAAAUCUUCAGCGUGAAUCUCUCUGCACCUUUCAUCAGCCAGUUCUUCAAAGAGCCGUUGAUGAUGAUCAUGCCUUACGUCGACAUCCUGUUUGGCAACGAGACGGAGGCGGCCACGUUUGCCAAAGAGCUGGGCUUUGAGACAGAUGACAUUGCAGAGAUCGCCAAGAAGACCCAAAACCUCCCCAAGGCCAAUGGGAAGAGGCAGCGAGUGGUGGUCUUCACUCAGGGCAAGGACGACACUGUCGCGACUGUUGGUGAGAAGGUGACCAUGUUCCCCGUUUUGGACAUCGACCAGAACGAUAUUGUGGACACUAACGGUGCAGGAGACGCCUUCGUGGGAGGAUUCCUCUCGGCGUUGGUCCAGGAGCACGCGUUGGAGGAGUGCAUCCGGGCCGGACACUACGCCGCCAACGUCAUCAUCAGACGGGUCGGGUGCACUUUCCCAGAGAAGCCCGGCUUUCACUGAUGCAGCCGAGCUCUGCUCAUUUGUCGUUUCCAUAAGAUAUCCGGAUAUGUUUGCUUCAUGUGGAGUAUUCUAUUUACUGACUGCAUGGGACUAUGUGCCUCAGGUUGGUUAUUUUGUCAAGCUCGAAUAAGCAGCUCACAUGUUCUAAGUCAGACACUGUGUUAAUAUCAAAUGUUGGGAUAAUAUUGUCAUAUUUAAAGGAGCAUUCCACUGAAAGUAUUAAAAUCUCAAUGCCUGUUGGCCUGAAAAGGUGGAAACUUUACUCCUGCAGCAUAAUCAACUUCUCCACCAUUGAUCCAUAUAUUUUCUAUGUUCGAAACUCAUAGUUUCUACACAGCCGAGCGAAAUACGCCCCAGUAUCACUUCCUCAUUGAAGCUGAAGCCUUGCUGGGCGUAGUGUAUUAACAUUAUUUGCAAAGCAGCGACAGUUUGGAUAAUACUGAAGAUUUGAUCAGUGGUGGAGAAGUACAUUAUUCAGCAUAGGAGGUUAAAAAAGUUUCCACGGAUGUGUGGCUCUGAAAAGUCGGUUUCCUGCUCCUUCGUGUAGGAGUUACAAUCAUUAAACACCCAUUGAAACUUGCCCACGCUUACACUCAAUAUGUUCCCUAAUUAUUAAAGCUUCACCGAUACAUUUCUAAUUAUUUUUUAAGCCUCUGUGCUAUGAGGUGGAAAUAGUUUAUUAAGUAUUGUAAACUAUAAGUGCCAUUCUUCAUUUUUCAGCAAGCUGCAAACUGCUAAGAGCCAUUUUCAAGCCUGCAGGGGGCGCAUGUUGUGGUACUAAAUACUUGUGGCAUACUUAAUGGUACAUUUUCCUUUGAUAUUCAGUGGUAAUGCUGCAGAAAUCAUGAACCUCAUGCUUUCCAAUAUCCACAAGUAAUAUCCACAAUAUCCAUUUGUAAGAGGACAAAACUGGACAGAAUUGGAUUUUCUUUGUUAUUACAUAAAUAAAAUAAUAUCAAACUCA